CAGAGGAGAGCAGAGCAGGACCUGUGGAGCCGGUACUCACUGAACUGAUAUACCUCAGAGCCAGCAUCAUGGUGCAGUCCCUGGCCUGGGCAGGUGUGAUGACUCUGCUGGUGGCCCAGUGGGGCUCUGCUGCAAAACUGGUCUGCUACCUCACCAACUGGUCCCAAUACCGGACAGAGGCAGCUCGAUUCUUACCCAGGGAUGUGGACCCCUACCUGUGUAGCCAUGUCAUCUUCGCUUUUGCUGGAAUGAACAACCACCAGCUCAGCACUGUACAGCAUAAUGACAAACUUCUCUACCAGGAGCUGAACGGCCUAAAGAAGACGAACCCCAAGCUCAAGACCCUGUUAGCCCUCGGGGGCUGGAGCUUUGGUACCCAGAAGUUCACCGACAUGGUGGCCACAGCCAGCAACCGGCAGACCUUUGUCAAGUCAGCCCUAAGUUUCCUGCGCACUCACGGUUUUGAUGGCCUUGAUCUUGACUGGGAGUACCCUGGAAGCCGUGGGAGCCCAGCAGUAGACAAAGAGAGAUUCACAGCCCUGAUACAGGACUUAGCCAAAGCCUUCCAGGAGGAAGCCCAGUCCUCAGGGAAGAACCGCCUCCUUCUGACUGCAGCUGUACCGAACGAUCGAGGCCAGGUGGAUGCUGGCUAUGAGGUGGACAAGAUUGCUCUGAGCUUGGAUUUCAUCAACCUCAUGGCGUAUGACUUCCACAGCUCCUGGGAAAAGACCACAGGGCAUAACAGCCCCCUCUACAAAAGGCAAGGAGAGAGUGGGAUAGCCGCUGAGCAAAAUGUGGAUGCUGCUGUGAACCUCUGGCUGCAGAAGGGGACUCCUGCCAACAAACUGAUCCUUGGCAUGCCCACCUAUGGACGCUCCUUCACCUUGGCCUCCUCAUCAGACAACAAAGUUGGGGCCCCAGCCACAGGGCCUGGUGCCCCAGGUCCCUAUACUAAGGACAAAGGGAUACUGGCUUACUAUGAGGUCUGCUCCUGGAAGGAAGUACAGAGAAUCGAGGACCAGAAGGUGCCCUAUGCCUUCCAGGGCAACCAAUGGGUGGGAUUUGAUGACAUGGAAAGCUUCAGAGCCAAGGUUGCCUAUCUGAAACAGAAGGGGCUGGGAGGGGCCAUGGUCUGGGUUCUGGACUUGGAUGACUUCAAGGGUUCCUUCUGCAACCAGGGCCAGUACCCUCUCAUCCGGACACUCCGGCAGGAGCUGGGUCUUCCAUCCGUGGCUCCAAGAAGCUCAGAACAGGAAGUACCUGGGCCACACGGGUCUUCUGAGCCAGAGCAGGGACCCAGCCCAAGGCUAGACAACUUCUGCCAAGGCAGAGCUGAUGGGGUCUACCCCAACCCCAGAGAAAAGUCCAGUUACUACAACUGUGGAGGGGGGCGGCUGUUCCAGCAGAACUGUCCCCCAGGCCUGGUGUUUAGAGACUCUUGCAAAUGCUGUACCUGGGGUUGAGUCCCUGGAACCCCAUCCGACUCCAAUCUGAGGCCAAGUUUGAUAUCUCCCAACAGCCUGCCUCUGCUUUCCCUGGGGACUGCAGGCCUCUCUGUUUUUUCCAUGACCUGGCCACUGCUCAGCUUCUUGGCUUCCUUUUUGUCUCUUCUAGGCUGCCUCUUUACCUGAAAAAUAAACUUAUUUUUCACCCCU